AUGGCCUCCGGUCUGCCACGGACAACACAGACGACCGUGUUCGAGCUACAGCCGCCACGGAACGGCCUCGGCGAGAACUCUUUCGCCACCUCUCACGGACACGCCCUGAUGCCCGCUGAGCGCGCUCUCUUCUCGCGCGAUCGACCAGUGAGGCAGCGCAUCCGAUGGUCGUUCAAUCCGGACAAGGACCCGCGAGUCUCGAGCCUGCUGAAGUGGGUGACUGCGAUGUCAAAUGGCCUCGCCACGAUCGGGCUGCAACGCUUCCUCGAGACGGGUGAGCGAGGCGCGCUCGUCGCCAACGCCGACUACCGCGUCCCGGGGACCGCCCAGCCGGCCUUCGACUGGGUCACAAUGGGGCAGCUCCAGAACACGCUCGACCGCGUCCUACAAGAGUCCGUCACGCUGUACGACCCCGCCGAGCAGGUCAUCGUUUUCGUCUUCCUCCUCUCGAACUCGGGCAACAGCAUGGCGGUGUGGCGGAGAAAGCUCAGCGUGCCCGAGGCGCUGCGGGAGACACACGACGAGGACAUCCAGGCGACGAAGGCAGAGCUGGAGGCGGAUUACCCGGUGUAUGUCGACGAGUGA